UUCUAAUUAUUUUGUACCAAACACAUGUAGUUCCUAGACAGGCUCGAAGCAAAAGCCCAAAAUCCAUCAAAGCUCUUGGGUUUUAACUCAUUCAGCCCAAAAAUAUGCCUCGUUGAACUCUGAUGAUGCUUACUCAAUUUUGCCAAGUCUUUGAAAUUACCUCCAUUAUUAUCAUCAGGGUUUAAGACCACUCAUAUUUCACCAUCACCAUGACAACCUUAAACCCUGUUCCUCUUGUUGCAAAAACAAACAAUUGUCAUAACAAACUCAUUCCUUUAGUAUCAACUCAACAACCCCUCAAUUCUUUUUCCUUCAAGACCCCAUUACCAUCAUCCUUUAAACUCUCUUCCUCUAAAAGGAAAACGACAACCCGAUGCACUAAAGCUUUCGCUAUGUGCAGGAUUCGAGAAAGGGUCAGACCACAAGGUUCAGUUGUAUUCAUUCCACGGCUUAAACCCGUGACCUCCUCCACUAAAAUGCUUAAUUCUAAACCCUUCAGAUCUUUAAUUUCUACCAUUACUGCCACUGCCCUUUUCUUUACAGGGCUAUAUUUCAACCCCAAACUAGCUAUUUGUGCUCCUGUUUCACCUACAGUGGACACGAAUGUGAAGGAAGCAGUUUCAGAAGAGGGGGAAACUGAAAAGGCCCUCGACGAGGAGGUUGUUUCUAACCCCAACGAUGUUGGAAUCUUGAGAAAAUUAUUGGAGAAUCACGUUAAGAAUAGAGAAUUAACGGAUGCUCUUAUUGUAAUAAACAAGCUGAUAGAGCUAGAGCCAAACGAGAGCGAAUGGGGUUUCUUGAAAUCUCAUUUGUAUGUUCAUAAUGGGGAGCUUGAAUUAGCUAAAUUGGGUUUUAAAGAUGUUAUAUUAAAGGAUCCUUAUUAUGUAGAGGCUUAUCGCGGGCUAGUUGUGGCAGCAUUGGAAGAUGAGGAGCCCGCGAAGGAAAUGAAGAGAAUUGAGAAAAUGGUUGAGGAGGGGAUUAAUAUGUGUAAGGAGGAGGGUAAAGAGAGUCAGUUGAGGGAUUUAAAGCUCUUGCUUGCACAAAUGUGGGUUAUUGAAGGUAAAUAUGAUGAAGCAUUGAAGGUUUAUGGGGAGUUAGUGGAUGAGGAGCCAGGGGAUUUUAGGCCUUAUUUGUGUCAAGGCAUGAUAUAUACAGCGUUGAAGAGGAAGGAGGAGGCUGAGAAGUAUUUCAAGAAGUAUCGUGAAUUGGUGCCUCAAGGGGAUCCUAAUGCUAGGUUUGAGUUUAUGAUGUCGACUUGAUUGAGUCUUAUAUGUUGCGAGCUGU